AUGGAUUUGCAGCCAACUUCAGAUAAACAAGCAAUCGAAUCUGUAUUUUACAGCCAAACAAAUCACUCAAUUUAUUCCCUUCUAGGCCAUGAAGAGCAUGAAAAUAUCUCUUUACCUAUCAACCCAAAUUUCCUCACAUAUAAAGAUGCGGCCUUGAAUAAGUUAUAUGCUGAAUCCCUAUACCUAGAUAAAAGAGACUCAAAGUAUUUAUCAAAGGAAUUCAAAAACAACCUAUUGACAUUUUAUAUCUUUAUUACAUCAUAUAUAGCUCAUGCACCGAAAUAGAUUUCUAUACCCCAGCAGAAUAUCUACCAGAAAAAAUAUGGUGCAGGGCACCUGUCUUAUGCAGGAUAAAUCUGAUUAGGCACCUUUAAAUCAUAAACGGAGAUUUGUUAUUUUCGUUUUUACUUUCAAAAAAGCUGACAAGUACAAAUGAAUUUUUGAAAUUAAAAAUGGAUGGCCAAUAAUGAUCUAAAAUAUUUCAGGGGCUAUAUCAUCAUUUCAGUAGCCACCUGAUCGUUGCUAUAUUAUGAUAAUAAAAUGUGUCAAAUUCAUUUUAUCGUCCGUAUAACUAUGCUAGCUAUUAUUCUUUUUUUAUCAUAUGCUAUUUUGUUUGGGAUUUUAAUGAAUCACAAUCUUAUUUAUUAUGCUCAGCGUUUUUAUGCCGGUCUAGGGCUUUUUAUUAUGCUAUAUUUAAUUUUGUGUGAGGAAAAUAUUCUUUCAGGGAUCACAGGAUGUGGAUAUGCACAAAGCACACAGUCUCAUGUUUUAGCUAUGGCUUGCUUUAUCACUUUAUUGCGAAUCGUCACUUUUGAUAACUUCUUCAGCAUUGCAAUAAUUGCAUUUUUUUCUCUUAUUUUGCUUUUAGGAUGUUUUGUUGCUUUUUCUGCGAUUUCAAUAAUCGCGCUAUUAUCAGAUUUCUUUAUUUUGCUUGUAUUUUUGGUUCUUCAGCUAGUCGAAUCUCGACAAUCAGAAUUCAGAGCAAAGCAACUUUUUUGGAGGAAAUCUAAAGAAGAACAGGCAAUGAGCUCAGGCCCUGUAAUUUUUGAGAAGGAAAACAAACUUAAUAGUCAAGAAACAUUUUUUGAGCCACAAAUUGAAGCUAUUUUUAAAACACUUGACAAAAUUAAAACCAAUAUCAAAGCUGCCUCUAUAGUUAUCAUUUUUUCAGAUGUGAAGAAUAAGCUGAAAAGAGCCAUUUAUGAGAUAGAAAAAAUUAAAAGGAAAUUGGUUCAUGGUAAGCUUUUUAUACAAACUGAUAUACAGAAUAAUAAAAAUAUGGACGAAGAAGAUUUGACAUUUAUUUUGGAAAACUUUGUAGAUAGAGGGCAUGGAGAGCUACAAAGAGUAACUGUAAGAAGAAAAACUAUGUCAGAAAUCAUUGAAAAGAAGCCAACUCUUGUAGGAUAUAGUUCUCCUGACUUACUUGCCUAUUUUAAUUUCGAACUUUUUUUUUGUCUUAUAGAAAAAAUUAUUUAUUUAUAUAAGAUUCAGUUAUAAUAAUAAAUAUUUUUCGUCGUUAUUAAUAAUUAUCUAUAUAGGCUUUGCUCUUUAUUAAAUGGAGUGAAGAAGCUAGAAAGAAUCUUAUCUGGGGUGGGAACUAACUGGAAUUUUGACAUUUGAUUUGUUUAUCAAAUGACUGGGUCAAGCGUUUCAAUUAUAUCAAAAUAUUUAUUACAGAAAUGAGGGAUUAAUGAACUUUUCUCUAUUCCAGAACCAGUUUCUGAUUCAUUUUUCAAAAAUUUAGAAAAUGUAUUUGAUAUAUAGUCUUACAAUAAAGAAAUCCCUUAUCAUAACGCAUGCCAUGCUGCAGAUGUUUUGCAUUCACUUUUAUAUUUUUUGACUCAAAGUGGACUUCUACUAUCUCUUACUUCAUUUUAAAACACAUUUUGCAUUUUUCGAAUAGAAUGGAAAAUAUAUUAACAUAUUUUUAUAUUUACUCCCCUUUGAAAUUAAAAAAAAAUUUUAUUUCAGCUUAAAGAGGAUUAUAUUUUUGUAAAAGAAAAUUAUAUUCAAUAAAAUAUUUUUUUAUAAGAAUGAAAUUUAUUGAUUCAAAAUGCUAAUUUGUCUAAAUAAUAUUCUAUUUGCAGUAUUCCUUAAAAUAAAAUAAACUAUAAGUUAAUAUUUAUUUUGGAAUAUCAAAUUGGAUCAAAGCUAAUUACAUAUAAAUUAAAUUUUAGCUAUAAAAUUUGUUCAACGCUAAAGGGGUUAAGAAUUUUACCGAUAUUUUGUUCCAAUUUAAAGGGGGACAGAGUUAGAUUUUUAUUUUAUAAAAAGAUUCAGCACUCUGGAAACAUUUUCAGCAAUGAUUGCUGCGCUAGGGCAUGAUGCAGGCCACCCUGGCUUAACCACAAGAUUUUUGAUAAAUAGUGGUCAUGAAUUAGCUAUUAAUUAUAAUGACUUCAGAGUCUUAGAAAUGAUGCAUGCCGCCAAAAUAUUCAACAUAAUGAAAGAAAGCGACAAUAAUGUACUCAAACACUUAUCAAGUGAUGAUUGGUUAAAAAGCAGAAAGUUAAUAAUCGAGAUGAUUUUGCAUACCGACAUGACUAUGCAUUUCGAAGCUCUAGGCAAAUUUAAUUCAAGGGUAGCUCUUGGAGACUUGAGCUUGGAAAACCAUGAGGAUAAAUUUUUAAUUUUGUCUAUGGGUUUAAAAUGUGCUGACUUAGGACAUAGCGCAAAAGUGCAGUUAUUGCAUGAAAAAUGGUCUUUUCUGCUAAUAGAAGAAUUCUUUAAACAAGGGGAUAUUGAAAAAGAGAGAGUCAUGCAGGUUUCAAUGUACUGUGAUAGAAGCACAUGUGACAUUAAUAAAAGCCAGGCUGGGUUUAUAAAGAAUAUUUGUAUUCCUCUUUUUGAAAGCUGAUGUAGAUUUUUAAAAUGCGAUAUCAUCAAUGCAAGUUGCUAUAGUCAACUAUACCUAUAUAUGAUAAAAAGAUCUGAAAUAAAGUAGAUUAUAUUAGAUUAAUUAGUGGGUAUAGAGGAGUAUUUUAGCCAUAUCCAUCCCUAACCGCUUCAGGCUAAAGUUGACGUAAGGAUGGCAGCCUUUUCCAGUCGUCGUCACAAGUCUCUCGAGGAGACCUGACUUGUUUGAUCUUGCCUUCACUGCCAAAGACUCUCUUAGCCAAAGGUAGUACUUAGAGUAUGAGUUUAUCUCCAAAACCUCAUUUUUGAAUUGCCACGCCUUAUAAAGGCAAAUGUUGCUUCCCCAGAAGUAUGAACAGACACUCCGAAUUCGGUUUCUCUUCUAUGGGUUGAAGUAAAAAGUCUUUCAUAGGGUCUUGAAUAGUCAAAAGCCCGGACGAAUUCUAAAACGAUGAGAUCUAAUUCUAGAAUUGGGAUCAACUCACGGACAGCCUGGACCUGUGCUCUACUUGCCAUCUUUUAAAAAGUGGAAUAAAGUAAGAAUUGAGACAAUUAUUUAUUAAAACAUGAAAUGUUUUUAUUAUUUUAAAAUCUAAUAGUCUGAAAGAAAGCUUAAAUGAAAACUGUAAAAAUUGGGAAGACAAAGCAAUCAAACAUAGGCCAAACUCAACCAUUCCAUAUGAUUUUCAAUCAAGCGAUGGGUCUAUUAUAAAUCUGAGAACGAUAACAAAAGACCCACCAAAAAAUUCAUUUUAA